GACGGCAUUCGAGUUAAGACUGUGAAACCCUUUGCUCUUGUACCGGCGCUUGGUUUUGAACUAAUAAACAAUUCGAAUUAGAUUUUGUUUGAUAGUUCGGUUUUAUAAUCGAUGCAGAGUCAGUAGCGAAAAGGCACUUCUGGGUUCACAAUUUGCCCUCCUGGUGAACCUUUGGCGUAAGCUAGUUUGCCGUCGACGCCUUACCGGUAGCCGGUGAUUGCGACGUAAAUCAUAUGACUAAUUACUGGGACACAAGCAGUUGACACGUGCGUGAUCUCGGAAUUGUUCUGUAUCAAUUCAAUAUUCUUCGGUUUGGAAGAAGAGAACGUGUGAUGCCUUGCGAUAACAGAUUCUUGAGCUUUGAUUUUCUCUCGCGCGUUUUUGUUCACGUGCCAUAAACUACCCGGUCUGAGAGUGACGCGAAUGUGUACAAUUGCUCGCAUCUGUACGUUAUCAAGUGUUUGGUGAAAUUAAAAAACAAAAGAAUCCAGAUACACGGUCAGUGAGAGUGUGAAACACAAAGUGAAAGCAAAAUAUCAAUAAAAUAACAAAGAUAUCAUUUGAGGCAGCGAAAUAGUUUAUUCAGUGAGUGAAUUUAUCGAGAAUACUAAUUUUCUUCGACGAUAACGAUAGAGGAAACAAAAAAUUGUUCUAAGUGUAGAUCCCGGCAACUGAAUAGAAUUCAUCCAAUCAUUCGUUGUGUGUACUGAAUACAAAUGUGACUAGAUAUCGUUCUUUAUAGCUGCUUUUGAAGACCUGACCCGCGAAAAACAGUUUGUCUCCGCUGGUUUAUGAUUUGAAAUUCAAAGAUACUGCUAGACCCAGUGGCAUACGUACUAUAUUUUCAGCGAGUUUGCACGUUCAAAUAUCGAUAACAGUGUAGAAUAAUCAGAAUAAUUCAAUCAAUUUUGAGGAUUUGAAUAAUAAGUGGUAUGACGUAGGAGAGGUUUCCCAAUAAAUUUUGUAAUUAAUUUGUGGGUUGCAAUGUAAAAAAACACAACAACUAUGCCCUUUAUUGAUGUUCACUGAAUGCGUCGUCUCCAGUGUGUUACGUGUAUUGUCUCAACUGACCCCCAAUAUCGAUAUUUGCUAUUUGGCGAGCUCGUACGAUAUUCUAGUUUCAUCGGAGAUAGCGAAGCACUAACGCGCGAAGGCGACUGUGAUCGGUCAACAUACCUGAUUUCUUUCCGAAUAUAAGACAGUAGUCCGCCGAACCAGUUAAUAGGGUAGGGUUUUAUCUUGCAUAAGUCGUUAAUGGUUUCACAAGACCGCUGGAUGGAGACGAUGUCCGAUUCGGGAUAUGAGUCCAGACCGGACGGAAACGGCGCGUCUAGCUCUAGUAGUAAUGCACUCAUACCACGAACGCCGCCAAACUGUGCACGCUGUCGAAACCACGGUUUGAAGAUUGGCCUUAAAGGACACAAACGGUAUUGCAAGCAUCGCUACUGCAAAUGCGAAAAAUGCUGCCUAACAGCGGAACGGCAACGGGUUAUGGCGCUGCAGACAGCACUCCGCCGGGCUCAGACUCAGGAUGAACAACGCGCGCUCAAUGAUGGCGAGGUGCCGCCCGAUCCGGUACAUAAUAUACCAAAGUUGUCCGAACUAAAAGAGAUGAAACAUAAUUUGAUGCAUAAUUCUCAGACGAGAUCGUUGAUCGACUGUGAUUCGUCGACUGGUUCGAUGAACUCCACUCCUGGCGCGUCGUCCAUGGCACUGGCACUACAUCGGAGGUCACCGGCAGCUGUUAUCCAUCCGGGUGAGGCUCAACAUCUUGGAGCAAAUCACUCCAGUGUGUCACCAGAACCUGCCAAUAUUUUACCAGUUGCCUCUUCAAUGAGGGUUCAACAUCACGUUCCUGAUUCUGGAGCAGAUGACGAAUUGGUAAAACGAUCUCAAGGCCUUCUGGAGAAGCUCAACUACCCCUGGGAAAUGAUGCCCUUGGUGUAUGUGAUACUGAAAGGCUGCGAUGGUGACGUCCAAAAAGCGCAUCAACGGAUCGACGAAGCUGAUGCCGUGAUCAAGUCCUACUUCAUGCUUGAACGUAAUAUAGAUCCGCUGACCGAAGACGACGAAAACAUUUCGGUAACUCGAACAAAUUCCACGUCACCCUACAGAUUCAGUUCAAGGUCAAGAUCCCAGUCCCGUUCGCGCCACACUGACACCCCUCGGGACGAUGGUGUUCUGAAUUUGGAUACCAAAACAACCAAAGUACCCGUCAGUGACGACCAUUUUGUGUACGAUGAAUCUAAACUUAAGAGCAAAGAAUCUGAAGAUCUCAAAUCUCGCUUAGAAGAGGUGUACCAUAGCAGCGUCGAACAAGAAUACAGCCGGAAAAGGAAACGAUGUAGUUCAGUCGAAGAGAUCGAACCUCGUUCGGCGCAGAAAGCGCAGCUUGAAAACGGAUAUGACAGCAGUUUGAUUGUCAGAAAUAUCAAGAGGAAAAAGAUCGCGCAUAAAGAGGAAUCGUCGGCAGAACCUUGUACGGAAAAUGACAAGUCGUCGUCUCUUCUUACCCAGUUGGAUUUGUUGAAAAAUACCCAUAAAUACACCAGUUCGGAGCAGAACAAUUUUCAACAACCACUUUCGAUCCCUCAUCCAUUGACGGACUCGGUCAAUAGGGUAAUUUAUCCUGCCCAUUGUAUUCCCUACCUUUUUCAUCCAUACCUAUCGACAGGAAGCGAAACAAACCUGCCAAUGUUUCCCAAUAGUUUCGUAGGUUAUCCACCUCAACGUUAUUUCUCUAUUUCGGACGACUGCUAUCGGAAAGAAACCGAGAAAGCCCCCACCCCGCCAAGAACGUUACAGCACAAGGGGUCACAGUUCUUUCCACAGCGAAUCGAGCCCAGCUUACCAUCAGGUCAGAGUUCCGUUGCAUCGAUACACUAGCCAAAUCAAGUCAUUGGCUAGCGAUCCAGAAAUGACGUUUAGUAUGAUGACACAACCGUGCAGAUAUGCGCCGAUUAAGAGUUUACUCCAUGCGAUCUUGGUUAAUCAUUCUUCUUCGAAUUGCCGUACGCUCUCAUGCUUCACUGCACGCAAAGUGGUAGUUAACCUAAGCGAUGGAUUAAAACGAUUCCUUUCUUUUGUUUACCAAAAGUGAUAUUUAGAAAUUAAACACUAUCUAGGCAAAACCAUUGCUUCGCCUUAGUAACAGCUAUCCAACACUCUAUUUUGAAUGUAAUUUAUUUGGUUUUAAGAUCUGACUCAUUUGCUGUGAUUUAUUAUUCCUGUUAUCGGGGACAAAAUGUACAUGUUGUCAUGUGCGAAAGAGUUAUAGAUGUAAAAUUCAAGGUUAUUAAACUGUGAUAACUAUGGAUGAGCCAUACAGAAAGGUAGGUUUGAUUAUGUAGUGUUGAUUAGCUUGCUCAGUCGGUAAAAUAUGCAAAUACAAACAUUAUUUGUGAUCGUUGCCGGUAGGUUGAUGAAGAACUCAAUUAUAACAAACUAAACAGUUGAAUAAUUUCUCGACUCUAAUUUAGUAGAGCGAUUGGCCGCUCGUCGGAGGGGUACUUUUUUGAUAAUCGAACCAAACAUGGUCAGCCUAGCCUGGCCAGUUACUCUGUCGAAGGGUUCACACCGUACCGUACAUCGAACAGGUAGCCAUAACUAAUUGUAAUACGAGGACAGUCGUCUGAGUUGUGUCCUUCCAGUAUUUGUUUGUUUGAACCAUAGUUUGUCUGUUUCGUGCCCAGAAAUCAUCCUCAAAUAUAUCUUCGUUACUUCUAUUUUAGAAUUGAGUAUUAUCUCAACUUUUUGAUGCGAAAUAGUGUUACUUAUCAUUUAGCAAUUUCGGUUCAACGAUGAAAUAAAUAAAAAUAGUUAAU